CCCUCCCAGGGCAGGUGAAAGCACCUGCCCUGGUGACGGUAAUGAGCCCCGGCAGAGGUGUGUUCCUACGGGCUAAGGAGGGCGGGGCUGCUGGAGGGGCUCAGCCAUUUGAAGCAGAGGCCUGCAGGCCCUCCCUGUCAGGCCUGUGGUCAGUCCUCAGGCUUUGGAUGUGCCAUCAUCCUCACCUCUAGCCUGGCUGCAGUGAGACCAUGGCCGCAGCGACCUUGUCGGUGCCUGGGCGGAAGGUGGCCCCCAGGCCCAGCCCAGUGCCGGAGGCCGCCCAGCCCUACCUGUUCACGCCCAGUGGGCCAGGCAUGGGGGGCGCGCCCGGGGGCGCAGGCACCUCGCCGCAGGUGGAGUGGACGGCGCGGCGCCUGGUGUGGGUGCCUUCGGAGCUACACGGGUUCGAGGCGGCGGCGCUGCGGCACGAGGGCGAGGAGGAGGCCGAAGUGGAGCUGGCGGAGAGCGGGCGGCGGCUGCGGCUGCCGCGGGACCAAAUCCAGCGCAUGAACCCGCCCAAGUUCAGCAAAGCAGAGGACAUGGCAGAGCUCACCUGCCUCAACGAGGCCUCGGUGCUGCACAACCUCCGUGAGCGGUACUACUCGGGCCUCAUCUAUACGUACUCUGGCCUUUUCUGUGUGGUUAUCAAUCCGUACAAGCAGCUUCCCAUCUAUACAGAGGCCAUUGUGGAGAUGUACCGGGGCAAGAAGCGCCAUGAAGUGCCACCCCACGUGUAUGCGGUGACCGAGGGGGCCUACCGAAGCAUGCUCCAGGAUCGUGAAGAUCAGUCCAUUCUCUGCACCGGGGAAUCUGGGGCUGGGAAGACAGAAAACACCAAGAAGGUCAUCCAGUAUCUUGCCCACGUGGCAUCAUCACCAAAGGGCAGGAAGGAGCCAGGUGUACCGGCUUCCAGCAUCGUGUCUUAUGGUGAGCUGGAGCGGCAGCUGCUUCAGGCCAACCCCAUCCUAGAGGCCUUUGGCAACGCCAAGACUGUGAAGAAUGACAACUCUUCCCGAUUUGGCAAAUUUAUUCGCAUCAACUUCGACGUGGCUGGGUACAUUGUGGGCGCCAACAUCGAGACCUACCUGUUGGAGAAGUCCAGGGCCAUCCGCCAGGCCAAAGAUGAGUGCAGCUUCCACAUCUUCUAUCAGCUGCUGGGAGGUGCUGGAGAGCAUCUCAAAGCUGAACUCCUCUUGGAGCCAUGCUCCAACUACCGCUUCCUGACCAACGGGCCGUCAUCCUCUCCUGGCCAGGAGCGGGAGCUCUUCCACGAGACGCUGGAGUCACUGAAGGUCCUGGGAUUCACCCCGGAGGAAAUCACCUCCAUGCUGCGGAUGGUCUCUGCCGUUCUCCAGUUUGGCAACAUCGUCCUGAAGAGAGAACGGAAUAAGGAUCAAGCCUCCAUGCCUGACAACACAGCUGCACAGAAGCUCUGCCGCCUCCUGGGAGUAGGGGUGACGGACUUCUCCCGAGCCCUGCUCACCCCCCGCAUCAAAGUUGGCCGAGACUACGUGCAGAAAGCACAGACCAAGGAACAGGCUGACUUUGCGCUGGAGGCCCUGGCCAAGGCCACCUAUGAGCGCCUCUUCCGCUGGCUGGUCCUGCGCCUCAACCGGGCCCUGGACCGCAGUCCCCGCCAGGGCGCCUCUUUCCUGGGGAUCCUGGACAUCGCUGGCUUUGAGAUCUUCCAGCUCAACUCUUUCGAGCAGCUCUGCAUCAACUACACCAACGAGAAGCUGCAGCAGCUCUUCAACCACACCAUGUUCAUCCUGGAGCAGGAGGAGUACCAGCGCGAGGGAAUCCCCUGGACCUUCCUCGACUUCGGCCUCGACCUGCAGCCCUGCAUUGAUCUCAUUGAGCGGCCGGCUAACCCCCCUGGGCUCCUGGCCCUGCUGGACGAGGAGUGCUGGUUCCCAAAGGCCACAGACAAGUCCUUUGUAGAGAAGGUGGCCCAGGAGCAAGGAAGCCAUCCCAAGUUUCAGCGGCCAAGGAACCUGCGGGACCAGGCUGACUUCAGCGUCCUGCACUAUGCGGGCAAGGUCGACUACAAGGCCAAUGAGUGGCUGAUGAAAAACAUGGACCCUCUGAAUGACAACGUCGCAGCCCUGCUUCACAUGAGCACAGACAAGCUGACGGCAGAGAUCUGGAAAGAUGUGGAGGGGAUCGUGGGGCUGGAGCAGGUGAGCAGCCUUGGAGAUGGCCCUCCGGGUGGCCGCCCCCGCCGGGGCAUGUUCCGAACAGUAGGACAGCUCUACAAGGAGUCACUGAGCCGCCUCAUGGCCACACUCAGCAACACCAACCCCAGCUUCGUUCGCUGUAUCGUCCCCAACCAUGAGAAGAGGGCUGGCAAGCUGGAGCCUCGGCUGGUGCUGGACCAGCUGCGCUGCAACGGCGUCCUGGAGGGCAUCCGGAUCUGUCGCCAGGGCUUCCCCAACCGCAUCCUCUUCCAGGAGUUCCGGCAGCGAUACGAGAUCCUGACGCCCAAUGCCAUCCCCAAGGGCUUUAUGGAUGGGAAACAGGCCUGUGAGAAGAUGAUCCAGGCCCUAGAACUGGACCCCAACCUCUACCGUGUGGGACAGAGCAAGAUCUUCUUCCGGGCAGGGGUCCUGGCCCAGCUGGAAGAGGAACGGGACCUGAAGGUCACAGACAUCAUUGUGUCCUUCCAGGCAGCUGCCCGGGGGUACCUAGCUCGCAGAGCCUUCCAGAAGCGGCAGCAGCAGCAGAGCGCCCUGAGGGUGAUGCAGAGGAACUGUGCUGCUUACCUCAAGCUGAGACACUGGCAGUGGUGGCGGCUCUUCAUCAAGGUGAAGCCGCUGCUGCAGGUGACGCGGCAGGAUGAGGUGCUGCAGGCGCGGGCCCAGGAGCUACAGAAAGUUCAGGAGUUGCAGCAGCAGAGCGCCCGCGAGGUGGGCGAGCUCCAGGGCCGCCUGGCGCAGCUGGAAGAGGAGCGCACUCGCCUGGCAGAACAACUGCGAGCAGAGGCAGAGCUGUGUGCGGAGGCCGAAGAGACACGGGGGCGGCUGGCAGCCCGCAAACAGGAGCUGGAGCUGGUGGUAUCAGAGCUGGAGGCCCGUGUGGGCGAGGAGGAGGAGUGCACCCGCCAGCUGCAAAGUGACAAGAAGAGGCUGCAGCAGCAUAUACAGGAGCUGGAGAGCCACCUUGAGGCUGAGGAAGGGGCACGGCAGAAACUGCAGCUGGAGAAGGUGACCACAGAGGCCAAGCUGAAGAAAUUUGAGGAAGACCUGCUACUUUUAGAAGAUCAGAAUGCCAAGCUGAGCAAGGAGCGGAAGCUGCUGGAGGAGCGUCUGGCCGAGUUCUCAUCACAGGCGGCCGAAGAGGAGGAGAAGGUCAAGAGCCUCAAUAAGCUUCGACUCAAAUACGAGGCGACGAUUGCGGACAUGGAAGACCGCCUACGGAAGGAGGAGAAGGGCCGCCAGGAGCUGGAGAAGCUGAAGCGGCGGCUGGACGGGGAGAGCUCGGAGCUGCAGGAGCAGAUGGCCGAGCAGCAGCAGCGUGGGGAGGAGCUGCGGGCCCAGCUGGGCCGCAAGGAGGAGGAGCUGCAGGCGGCCCUGGCCAGGGUGGAGGAGGAGGGCGGUGCCCGGGCCCAGCUGCUCAAAUCCCUGCGGGAAGCACAGGCAGGACUCGCGGAGGCCCAGGAAGACCUGGAGGCUGAGCGGACAGCCAGGGCCAAGGCAGAGAAGCAGCGCAGGGACCUGGGUGAGGAGCUGGAGGCGCUGCGGAGUGAGCUAGAGGACACGCUGGACUCCACCAAUGCGCAGCAGGAGCUCAGGUCCAAGAGGGAACAGGAAGUGACAGAGUUGAAGAAGGCUCUGGAAGAGGAGACGCGUGUUCACGAAGUGGCGGUGCAGGAGCUGAGGCAGCGCCACGGGCAGGCACUGGGCGAGCUGGCGGAGCAACUGGAACAGGCCCGGAGGAGCAAAGGUACAUGGGAGAAGACCCGGUUGGCCCUGGAGACUGAAGUGUCUGAGCUACGGUCGGAGCUGAGCAGCCUGCAGGCCUCACGUCACGAGGGCGAGCAGCGGAGACGCCGCCUGGAGUCACAGCUGCAGGAAGUUCAGGGCCGGGCUGGCGACGGGGAGCGGGCACGAGCCGAGGCUGCUGAGAAGCUUCAGCGAGCCCAGGCUGAACUGGAGAAUGUGUCCGGGGCCCUGAGUGAGGCCGAGUCCAGAGCCAUCCGGCUGAGCAAGGAGCUGAGCAGCUCAGAGGCCCAGCUACAUGACGCUCAGGAGAUGCUUCAGGAGGAGAGUAGGGCGAAGCUGGCCUUGGGGUCCAAGGCGCGAGCCCUGGAGGCUGAAGUGGCGGGGCUGCGGGAACAGCUGGAGGAGGAGGCAGCCGCCAGGGAGCGGGCAGGCCGCGAGCUACAGACCGCCCAGGCCCAGCUCUCAGAGUGGCGGCGGCGCCAGGAGGAGGAGGCAGGAGCCCUGGAAGCAGGAGAGGAGGCCCGGCGCCGGGCAGCCCGUGAGGCUGAGGCCCUAAGCCUGCGCCUGGCAGAAAAAACUGAGGCGGUGGAGCGGCUGGAGCGGGGCCGCCGCCAGCUGCGGCAGGAGCUGGACGAUGCCACCGUGGACCUGGAGCAGCAGCGGCAGCUCGUGAGCACACUGGAGAAGAAGCAGCGCAAGUUCGACCAGCUCCUGGCAGAGGAGAAGGCAGCUGUCCUGCGGGCGGUGGAGGAACGUGAGCGGGUCGAGGCGGAGGGCCGGGAGCGCGAGGCUCGGACCCUGUCACUGACUCGGGCGCUGGAGGAGGAGCAGGAAGCACGUGAGGAGCUGGAGCGGCAGAACCGGGCCCUGCGGGCAGAGAUGGAAGCACUGCUGAGCAGUAAGGAUGACGUCGGCAAGAACGCGCAUGAGCUGGAGCGAUCCCGCCGGGCAGCAGAACAGACAGCCAAUGACCUGCGAGCACAGGUGACCGAGCUGGAGGAUGAGCUGACGGCAGCCGAGGACGCCAAGCUGCGGCUGGAAGUGACCGUGCAGGCUCUCAAGGCGCAGCACGAGCGCGACCUGCAGAGCCGAGAUGAGGCUGGCGAGGAGAGGCGGCGGCAGCUGGCCAAGCAGCUGAGGGAUGCAGAGGUGGAGCGGGACGAGGAACGCAAGCAACGCGCCCUGGCUGUGGCCGCCCGCAAGAAGCUGGAGGCUGAAGUAGAGGACUUGAGAGCCCAGAAUGCGAUGGGGGUGCAGGGCAAGGAGGAAGCGGUGAAGCAGCUCCGCAAGAUGCAGACCCAGAUGAAGGAGCUGUGGCGGGAGGUGGAAGAGACGCGCAGCUCCCGGGAGGAAAUCUUUGGUCAGAACCGGGAGAAUGAGAAGCGCCUCAAGGCGCUGGAGGCAGAGGUGCUGCGGCUGCAGGAGGAAUUGGCCGCCUCAGAUCGUGCCCGGCGGCAAAUCCAGCAGGAGCGGGAUGAGAUGGCAGACGAGGUGGCCAAUGGCAGCCUUAGCAAGACGGCUAUUCUGGAAGAGAAGCGUCAGCUGGAGGGGCGCCUGGGUCAAAUGGAAGAAGAGCUGGAGGAGGAGCAGAGCAAUGCAGAGCUGCUCAAUGACCGCUACCGCAAGCUGCUCCUGCAGGUGGAAUCACUGACUACAGAAUUGUCAGCUGAGCGUAGUUUCUCAGCCAAGGCAGAGAGCGGGCGACAGCAGCUGGAGCGGCAGAUCCAGGAACUCCGGGGGCGCCUAGGUGAGGAGGAUGCUGGGGCUCGGGCCCGCCAGAAGAUGGUCAUUGCUGCCCUGGAAUCCAAGCUGGCCCAGGCUGAGGAACAGCUGGAGCAGGAGAGCAGGGAGCGCAUCCUCUCAGGCAAGUUGGUGCGCAGGGCCGAGAAGCGGCUGAAAGAGGUGGUACUCCAAGUGGAGGAGGAGCGGAGGGUGGCUGACCAGCUCCGGGACCAGCUGGAGAAAAGCAACCUCCGGGUGAAGCAGCUGAAGCGGCAGCUGGAGGAGGCCGAGGAGGAGGCGUCCCGGGCUCAGUCGGUCCGCCGGAGGCUGCAGCACGAGCUAGAAGAUGUCACAGAGGCCUCGGAGUCCAUGAACCGCGAGUUGAACACGCUGAGGAACCGGCUCCGGCGCGGUCCCCUCACCUUCACCACCCGCACUGUGCGCCAGGUCUUCAGGCUGGAGGAGGGCGUGGCAUCAGAAGAGGAGGUCGAGGAGGCGGAGCCUGGGGCCGGGCCGCCCCCAGAGCCCGAAGGGCCCCCGGUGUCCCAACCGCAGUGACCCCACCCGUCCCCAGUCCUCAGCUGUGGCCCCUCCCUCCCUGGCCCCUGGCCACCCUUGGCACCCGCCCCAGGAACCCUCCCUCCAGCUUCUAGCACUUUGGAAAUGGUGCCGCCCUCUAGCGCUGCAGCACUUAUCAACCCUGUGGGGCGGGGGUCGGCACCAAGACCUCCUGUGAACCCCUAAACCCUCCGGGCAAGCAGGGAGACGAGGACCGGGGCUCUUGCUGGGAAGGAGAUCCAGGUGGAGUAGGCAAAGCUGUGGUCCCAAAGGGCUCCCCAACAUCCUUCAGUUGUGGCUCCCCUGCCGUCCAAAGCUAGGGUUCUCAUUCCUUUCCCCCCUCCUCUCACUCCCCCUUCCUCUCUCUCUCCACUUAGCCACUGACCCCUGAACUUCUGAGUGAUAGCAGCCUGAGCCCCAGGUCUCCACCAGACCGACCCCUGCAGAGGGGCGGGAUAAGGAAAUCAGCUCCCCCCUCCUCAAUGCUCUGCCCUCCCUCUGGUUGCUCUUGUGUGAUCAACUUUGGGUUAGAGUUUCCUGUGGGGGCUGGACGAGGCCCCCUAUCCUCCCAGCCUCCAGGCUCUGACAGAAAUAAACUCCGACCCCAACCAGA